AUGGUGUCUACCUCAGGAGAUUUCCAGCUGUCCGUAACACUUCGUGGCCACGACGAGGAUGUGCGGGCACUGGUCUUUCCUACACGCAAAUUACUACUCUCGGCGUCUCGCGACAGCACAGUAAGGCAAUGGAGUCUCACUGCACCAAACCCACCGACAUACGACGACACUAUUGCACUUCAAGGCCAGCAUUGGUUCAACGGUCUUGCCUAUUCGCCACCCUCAAAAGCAUUUCCGGAAGGCGCUGUAGCAGCCGGAGGCCGAGAAACAUUCGUAUUUGUCAAGCAUAUUGGCAGUCCGCCUGAUGCUGAUCCACAUCGCCUUCUCAUUGGCCAUGCUGGUAAUGUUACCUGCGUAGCGUUUACCCAGGAUGGAAGCAAGGUGAUAAGUGGCGGCUGGGACAGUCAAGUCUUCGUGUGGGAUAUUGAGGCUGGUAAUGUUGUCGCUGAGCUUAAAGGUCAUGGUGCGCCAGUGUGGGGAGUGAUGGUGUACGACGAGAAGUUCAUCUUGACUGCCUGCGCGGAUAAGAUGAUACGAUUAUUCGACGUCAACGGCAAAAGUCUCGCCACGAUCAAGGGCCACACAGACGUUGUGCGGUGUUUCUGCAAAGUACCCACGGGGCACUGGUCCGGAGCAGCAUUUGCAUCAGCAGGCAACGAUGAAAUCAUUCGGUUAUGGACUCUGGACGGCACUGCCAUGGGCGAGCUGCACGGCCACGAGGCUUACAUUUACAGUCUUGCGAUUCUGCCGAACGGCGACAUCGUGAGCUCUUCAGAAGACCGGACUGUGCGCAUAUGGCGGGCUGGCAAAUGCAUCCAGACCAUAACACAUCCUGCCAUCAGCCUGUGGGCAGUGGCCGCAUGCUCUGAGACUGGAGAUAUCGUGACUGGUGCAAGCGACAAGAUCAUUCGUAUCUUUUCGCGCGAUCAAGAACGACAAGCUGAUGCUGAGACGAUUCGCAACUUCACCGAGAGCAAUCGCAUGUACGCAAUACCUGCUGAGACUGCUAGUCAAGGCCAACCUUUUCAGAAAGAGAACCUUCCUGGUCCCGAGGCAUUGCACUCGCAAACAGGUGAGAGGGACGGGCAGCAACUGCUCAUCCGCGAGAAUGACGGCAGUGUGACUGCCCAUCUCUGGUCGAGCUCGACGAGUCAGUGGAACUUGAUCGGCACAGUGGUCUCAGGUGAGGGUAGUGGCGGCGAGAAGAAGAGCCACGAAGGCAAGGAGUAUGACUAUGUGUUUGAUAUCGAUAUCGAGGAUGGCAAGCCUCCACUCAAGCUACCAUACAACUCGACAGAGAGUCCAUGGGAUGCCGCAAAGAGGUUCUUGGAGAGGAACGAGUUGCCGAUGUCAUACUACGAACAGGUCGCGAACUGGAUCUCGGAUAAUACCAAAGGUGCUCGCAUCGGGCAAUCAAAUCAGCCUCCGCCACCUCAGCAGGAUCCGUGGGGUACGGAGAGGAGAUAUCGCCCUGGUGAUGCUGGAGAUGGCUCUACUUCGGGUCAAAAGAAGUUGCCGCAACGAAGCUUCGUUACCAUCCUCGAAGGCAACGCUCAAAAUGCAAUCAGCAAAGUUACAGAGCUGGCCAAGAGCCAGCAAGACAGUACAUCGUCCAUCAGCGAGCAAGAUCUGUCGGAGCUGCAGAAGCUCGCGGACCAGCUGAGCAAAAGCCCAUCCGACCCUCAUCCUACACAAAGUCAGAUCAACACACUCUUCGUACCGGUUGCACGUUGGCCUGUCAAGGAUCGUGUUACAGCCAUCGCCCUCCUUGCAAGACUAGCAGUCUCACCUUCCUUCGUCACUGCUACUUGCUCGGGGGAGAACUCGAUUGUCCAGAAUCUGGUCUCAGCUGGUCUGUUGCAGCCAAAUCAGCCUACUGCGAACAACGCCGUACAUGCCAUCAGACUUCUCGUCAACCUGUUCGCCUCAGAUAACGGUCGUCUCAUCGUGGACGGCGAGUUCGACUUCAUCCUCAAGCUCGUCAAGCCAUUCGCCGAAAACCCGGAAUCACCUGCUCAGUACAAAGCUCUUGCAUCACUGUACCUCAAUUUUUCCGUCCUGCUUACCUCAGGUGCACCUUCCACAGAAGCCGCUCGUCGUGAGGCAAGAGCAAAGGUCUUACUCAUCGAUAUUGCGACUCUGCUUGAGAGCGAGAGUCCGCAUGCCACAGAUGGCGAUGCCUUGUUCAGGGUCUUGUGCGCUCUCGGUACGCUGCUUACGCUGGGUGAUGGUUUCAGGGCUGAGAUGAAGGGUGGUGUUGCUGGGACGCUGCAUCUUUCUGCUUCAAAGCCGGGCGCGCAGCAAGGAACUGUGAAGGAGGUCAUGCAGGAGAUCAGGGACGAGAUACGUAGAAGGCCGUCUGGUAGCUGUAUGCUAGUCAUGGCUGCUGCCGACGUGAACUGA